UCCCCUAAUGACAUGGCCAACCAGCUGUCUGAGGUGCUUCACCUUAAAUUUGAAAGAGCACAUCUGGCUUACCUUCUCAGUGUGCAGAAUGUCAGGGAUGCUGAAGCAGGGCUGUAUGGUCAGAAAACCAUCACUGGGGCACUGAGGAAGGAUGACACACCUGCACCGUUUGGGGAUUACGGAGACACUGAUGGGUGGAAUGGGGUGUCUGUCUCUGCACACUAUUUAAUAGAGUGCCUCCUUCAUGAAUAUCAGCGGCAGGAAGCAGCUCUCACUCAGCUCCUAUAAGGCACUUUUGGACAGGUGUUCAGGUCAGAUCACACACGCAAAGUUGCUAGAAAAGUGACCCUCUUAUCUGGCACGAUGUCAUCCUAUGCUGUGAUGAAUGAGAACUGGAUGAUUCUGUCCCGGGUGAUGCUGCAGAGUGAAAGUGAGCAGUCAUCGGAGUCAAUGUACUGUGGGCUAUCAAAUCGCUACAGUGCUGCUGGUAUUCCCAAGGCCAAGUACCAGUGGGUGGACAGGGACUGCUGUGCCGCUUUCAGAGUGAUGGACCCAGGACCUUAUGAGCACCAGCAGUGGGAAGCCUGGAGGACCACAGAAGCUACUGUGGCAGAGGUUACAUCAGGAAACCUCAAGAAUUUACAUGCCGCUUGCAGGAAGUUCAACGAGGACAUGGUUGUUAAACUGGACUUGUUUCACUGUAUGCGGCGGUUCACCAGGGAGUGUGUUUCGGAGCACCAUCCUCUGUAUGGCUUUUUCUGCCAGUUCAUCUCUUCUGCCUUCUCUGUAGUUGAUCAGGGUGACCUGGAGAAACUGAAGAACGCAUACAGAUUAUGUGGUAUCGAGCCUGCUAAUCCCACCAAGCUGCACAUCAGAGAGCAUUGUAGGACAAAAGUGCCACAUCCCAGAGAGCUGGUUCAAAGGGUGGAAGAAGUGUUACACCAUUUCUAUCUGGCAAAGGAUCCCAACAACAUCUUCCUUUUCAAACCCUCAAUGUUAAAAUUAUGGUGGAUUCAGCGUAUCCACAUCCUUAGAGGCUGCCUGAGUGAUCCUGAGGUGGAGGAAGGAAUCCUCUACAGAUAUGGUGGGACCCUACAGCUGAAUCAUGUCAAGGGUGAUGGAGCUGCUGUGCCCAUUUGGAUCCCUGUGAGAGGCACUUCACAGCAGGAGGGGUUUCAUUUCCACCAGGCUCAGUGGGUAACUGGCAAUCGUGUCUCUACUGAGUUGUUCCAGGCACAGGGUAUGACUGGUGUGGCACGCUGGAAUUAUCAGUGGCUGGUGGACCUGAAGCAGCCUGGGGUUGUCUUACCUGGAGUGUUUGACCCUGUUUUGAUGAUAGAGUUAAACAGGGCAUCUAUAAAAGUGACAGGGCAACCCAAAUAUCCAGCCUUGCACAUCUCCAGCAGGGACACAGGAGAGAGGUUUGGCCUGCAAUAUGUGGAGCCAGGUUGUUGACCUGUGCCUCUUGACUUUGACAAGCACAAAAGCAGGAAGACAGACCUAGGAGAUGUGGAGAUGCAAGAGGAGUCUUCAUCUGGCGUUCCGUUCUCAUUCCCAUCUCAGGAAUGCUUAAAGGAUACCUCUUCUGCUGAGACCCCUCUUGCUGCAGAACCAGAGGCUACCUCACAGGCUGUCAUUUUUCACCAGUUUCCUACACCAAGUGCUGUGACAGUGAAGGAACAAACAUCAGAGGAGUGUCUUUUAGUUGGAGAACUCCCAAGCACAUCACCACUGCCUGUAGCUGCUUCUCCCUGUUCUGCUCGCACUGGACCUAUUAAGACCGGUGGCCGAGUUUUUGUGUUAAACCAUAAUAGAUGGACGGAUCCAAUGAGAAAUAUCAUUGAUGGUCUGCUGGCCAAGCAUCAUGGGAGCAAGGAUCUCCUUACAAAGGUUGAUGCUGAAUAUGCUGCUAUGGUACAGAGUGCCUGUACUGACCCCAACAGCCUUCUGCAUUCCACCACAAAGCAGCACAUAAGCAGUUACAUAAAACACCUUGCUAAAAAAAAGAACACUAAUGCUUCUCUCAACACCAGCCCAGAAAAUCUCUUGGAGACACAGCAGUUAUGGCAGCGUCUUCACUCAGGCAGUGAAACAAUCAGUGUCCCAGUGACAGUACUGGCACCUGCCCCAGUCAAUCCACCUGCAAAGGCUGUUCCUGAGGCUGUCCCUCUGGACCAGACAGCAUUCGAGAAGAUGGUGAAGGACAUCAUAGAGAAGCAGCAGGCAGUUCAGCAGCAACAACAAUUGCAGGUGCUGCAAAAAAAGCAAACCAGAUCCUGUUUAGCCUGUGGCCAGCCUAAGUCUCGAUACAUGGGUGAUGGCUCCUCAAUACAUUUCUUCUAUCAAGGUAGUGAUGUUAAAUACUUCUACUGCUCCAAGAAAGUAUUUGACACACAAGCCCCUUUCACACUGCACGUCGGACCCGCAAUAUUCCCGUAACAUUGCCUGGUCCCCUUCUGUGUGAAAGCAACCACGUCCCGGAAUUGAUUGCCGAAUUGAACCCGGGUCGGGGACCUAGUAACAUUGCGGUAAUCGAUCCGGAACGAGCGCUGUGUGAACAAAAGCCAGAUCUAAUUCCGUAUCGAAGUGAUGACGCGCGUUAUCGCGCGACUCUUUUACCGGCUGUUUUGAAGGAAGAUCAACAUUCGCGACGAAAACAUAUGUGCAAACUGUAAUGAAGCAGAGAUCAGUUAGUUCCUCAUUUUCUGCGCUGACGCCGAGAUCGUUUGCUUGCUUCAGUUAAAGUAUAACGUGCCAAGCGUUGUCGACUCGUACAUUACACGUCACGCGCUGAUGUCACGUGUCGUUACGGGAUCUUCUAGGGUUGUGUGUGAAAGCACGCACAUAUACCGGGUCAUCACUGGCAGUGUGAAAGUGCCAAAUCUAGCGACCAGGGAACAAUUACAGGAACACUUUACCCCUGUAUUUGACGGAAUGGCAGUGUGAAAGGGGCUAUAUUCAGCAGAGGGCCUGACCAACCCCAGAAUGCCUUUUGAAGAUUUUGCAGAGACUCCUUUUUUUCAGCGGGAACUGGAGGCCUCUAAGCAGAGAGGGACAGAAAGGAAGAGGGUCACUGAUGAGAGAAGCAAGCGAAAGUCAGCAGUGGAGCAUCCUACUGGUCGUCUGUGCAGAUUCUGCCACCUGCCACUGAAACAAGGACUCAACAGUCCUCAUAUUCACACUAGUUUACCUGGAGUGGCAGGCAAAUACAUUUACUGUCCUGCUAGUGUUUUCUCUUUAUCAGGCUCAGGGAAUGAGAGCAGAAAUGCCAUGGAGAGACUUUCAGCAGUCUCCAUUCUAUGAGACUGAGAAGCAGAGGUGGAUAAACGAAAAAAAAAAAAAAUGACUUCACUGUGCUACAAAACAAUAUUUGAGAUCUGGGCAUGUCAUUUGCCAAAGACAUUCUUGCACAAGGUUAUGUAAAUAACCUUUUACAUUUUUUUUAAAUAAAUUAUUUCAUUUAUUUCCAUUUGUUCAUUAAAGCACAGAAAGGAUUCUUUUAUUCUAUUGCAUUGUAUUUUA